GUUUCUUUAUCGCCGCAGUAGCUUUUGCUCGAGUUAGACAGAUGCUAAGUAUAUGCACGACAACAUGCUGCGUUUUAAAACCACAUUAAACAUGCGGAUAUUUUACUCUUAAUCAUUUCGCAGGUUUAACAUAUAUGUGGUUUAAGCGCAUAGGUGUACCUGAAACCGUGUUUUACUAAACGCAAAGUGCUGUGUCUGUCACUAUCGUAGAACUUCACAGCAUCUUGUUUUAAGUCGUUUUCGGCAGUCAUGUCGGUGACAGGUGAGUCGGACUCGCUGGAAUCCAGUCCUGCUUCUCCCCAUCAGUCCAGCGGUUUGAGCGAAAGGACCCUGACUCCAGAGGAGCUGGAGAAACUCAGGAGUGACCGCGUCUUAGUGUCCGACUUUAAGCAGCAGAAACUCGAAGUGGAUGCUCAGAAGAACUGGGACUUGUUUUAUAAAAGAAACACGACACACUUUUUUAAAGACCGGCACUGGACUACCAGAGAGUUUGAAGAGCUGAAAAACUGCAGGGAGUCUCAGGGGCAGAAGCUGGUGUUAUUGGAGGCUGGCUGUGGGGUGGGAAACUGCAUUUUCCCUCUUCUGGAAGAAGAUCUCAAUAUCUUCAUCUAUGCUUGUGACUUCUCUCCACGAGCUGUGGAGUUUGUGAAGCAAAAUGCCUUGUAUUGCCCCGAGCAAUGCCUUGCGUUUCAGUGUGACCUCACUCAAGAUGAUCUCCAGGCCACAGUACAAGUGGAGACAGUGGAUGUAGCCACUUUGAUAUUUGUUCUGUCCGCAAUUCAUCCUGAAAAGAUGCAGAAGGCCCUGGAACACAUUUAUAAGGUGUUGCGACCAGGAGGUAUUGUCCUCUUCAGGGACUAUGGAUUGUAUGAUCAUGCCAUGUUGAGGUUUAAGUCGGGCAAUAAGCUGGGUGAGAAUUUCUAUGUGCGACAGGAUGGGACCCGUUCUUUUUUCUUCUCAAAGGAGUGCCUGGCUGGUUUGUUCCAAAAGGCAGGAUUCGAGACUCUAGUGAACGAGUAUGUGUUGAGAGAAACUGUGAAUAAAAAAGAGGGUCUUUGUGUUCCCAGAGUGUUCCUGCAGAGUAAAUUUCGCAAACCUAUUCCAUCAUUAUCACCAGCAUAAGUCACAUUUUUGUAAAUGUAUUUUUCGAAGUGGCAUGCAUUCAUUUAUUGUAUUUCAGAUACAAUAUUUUUAGUCAGAUGUUAUUUUUUACUACUAAUAAAAUGUGUAUUUUAUUAAAAAACUGUUGGUUUAAUUGAUUUUUUUUUUUUAAGUUAUGUGCUCAUUUUUAAUGUUCAUUUUGUGAGUUGCCUUGCAUGAGCUCCCUGGUGGUCUAGUGGUUAGGAUUCGGCGCUCUCACCGCCGCGGCCCGGGUUCGAUUCCCGGUCAGGGAAC